AUGAUUAAAGAUGAAGUUAAAAUCAAAUUAUCUAAACAUCGGUUUUUGGUCUUAACGAUUUACUGUUUGACCUGUUUACAUACAAACUCCCAAUGGACGCAGUACCAAGUGAUUGCGGACAUUUUAAGGCCUUACUUUGGCGCUUCUAACACGGAUAUCGACUGGACAGUGACUCUUUGGUGUCCAGUUUAUUUGUUAACAUGUUUCAUCUCAGCUUAUUGUUUGGAUGUGUUUGGCCUCCGUUUUUGUAUGAUUUCGGCAUCGGGAUUUAAUUUCAUUGGAACCGCAAUCAAAUAUUAUUCAAUCGUCUAUCCUAAUUUUCUGAUCACUUGUUUAGGCCAAUCAAUUGUCGCUGCUGGUCAAACUUUUCUUGCUUUUCUCCCGUCAAGUAUUGCAUUGACCUGGUUCCCUGCAGAAGUAGCCUCGACCAUAACGGCGAUUGCUAUUUUCCCGAUGUUCUUUGGUAAUGGAUUAGGUUAUUAUCUUCCAUCUCUCGCUGUUCCCGAUGGAUCUUCACCAAGUGUCCAAAAAAUAGACCUUGAACGUUUCUUUUCUACUACGCUUUGA